AUGGCCGUCACAGCUGAAGAAAGAUUAGCCCGGAUUCAAGGAGCUUGGAAAGCUCCAUCGACUCCUUCUGUUACCUCGGUGGCUUCGACCGUCCCGAUGGCCACAAAGCGACGCGCAGCUUCCUCUACGAGCACCACCACCACCGCCAUCACACCCGCGAAGCGUCGCAAGAGCUCCAAAACUUCGUCAAAGCGUGGAAGCACCUCCGCUCCCUCUCCACGCCGUCGUAAAUCCACCAGUCCGCUUAUCCCGGCCCUUCCUGCGGCCCAAAAGAUCCCGAGUAUGCUGCCUGUCCGCGCCUUGACUUUAACCCGGACGUACCACGACUUCUCGCACUUCUUCUGCGCCAUGAAUGCAGACGCGCGAGGUAGUAUUCUUCAAGAGAUCAGAGAAACUGGGAUGACCGACGAGAGAUGGUGGCGUGACCAUUACUACAGUCCCCUGUACGCCACCAAAGUAUGCAAGACUGCCUUCCUCGUCCUCGCCGAGAGGGGUUGUGGCGAGAAGCCGAACCAGGUAACGGCGGCGGAUGGCAUGAACGAGGGCGAGCCCAGGCAUAACAAGACGAACUCGAGCGCUGACGAGGCCGAGGAUCCGCGGGCGAGCCAAUACGGAUGCUACCGUUGCUACACGCUCCAGCCCGAGGCGGCGUUCGAAGCCAAGCCACCGUCCUUCAUCCUGCAUUCCGGCGGCCGCCUCACCAUACACGAUAACAAGCAAGACCUGCCGGUCUUCCGCAAGGGGGAACGCCUCCUCCGGAGGUACUGCAUCGAGUGCGGCGUCAGGGACGGACUGUAUCCAGACAAGGCCCUGGUCACAUCGAUGACCGACCAGAGGUGGUGGGUAUGCGAGUGCCGACGCACGCACCUGGUGCCGCCCAGCGACUUGGACAUCGAGUGCCGACGCUGCCUCGGGAGAAGUGGCUUCAGGCCGCCGGACCACGAGAGUGCAGAAUGGAUCCCGUUAGUGGGCCGUUCUCGGGAAGGGUGGUACUACCGGGUCCGGCAUUCGGUGAACUGA